AUGGAAUUCACUCCUAUUAACGAAAUCGAAAAGAUCCACGCUGAGCUUCGUUCCGGUUUUUACUCCGGCAAGCUCAAGUCUAUAGCAUACCGGAAGUAUCAAAUCUUGCAGCUUGGAUAUCUCCUUCAGGACAAUGCCCAACGAAUUGAUGAGGCAUUGACCGCAGACUUAGGCAGGCCAUCUGUCGAGAACUAUUUCUUGGAGAUUGGCCCAUGUAUCGGAGAGGCGAAGAAGGUGUACCAGAGUGUCGAUAAAUGGGCCAAACCAGAGAAGCCGGCCUUCACCUUCAACUUCUUCGCCAUGCGACCAGUCAUUCGGAAGGAGCCCAAAGGGGUCGUCCUGAUCAUCAGCCCAUUCAAUUAUCCUUUGUGGCUUACAAUCGGUCCAGUGUUAGGCGCACUCGCUGCUGGUAACGCUGUGGCUAUCAAGCCCUCAGAGAACGCGACAGCCGUCAGCGGCCUUCUCACUGAACUGAUACCAAAGUACCUCGACAGGGAUCUAGUGCGCGUCGUCAAUGGCGCCAUCCCCGAGACAACGAGGCUACUCGAAUUGCAAUGGGACCACAUCCUUUACACCGGUAGUGGGCGAGUCGGCAAGAUUGUUUCCCUGGCUGCGGCGAAGCACCUCACUCCUAUCACCCUCGAACUAGGGGGAAAGUCCCCUGUCGUCGUCGACCCGAGCUGCGAUUUAGAGACUGCCGCGCGUAGAAUCAUGUGGGGAAAGAUCGUGAAUGCAGGACAAACAUGCGUGGCUCCCGAUUAUAUCCUUGUCCCCAAGGAGUUCCAAGAUACCCUUGCGAACGCCCUCAAAGACGCAUACGACAAAUUCUUCCCGGAAACAGCUAAGCCAUCGACUAACGGCACAUAUUCCCGCUUGAUCACCCCUCAAGCAUUCAACCGAGUAAACAAGUUGUUGAAAGGGACACAGGGGACGAUCGUCUUUGGCGGUGAAGUGGAUGAAGCCACGAAAUACAUUCAGCCUACAGUCGUUAAAGAUGUUCAGGCGAAUGAUACCCUGAUGAGCGAAGAAAUAUUUGGCCCUCUUCUGCCCAUCGUCCCCGUUAAAGACAUAGACGAGGCGAUUGCCUUCAUUAACGCACGCGAUCACCCUCUCGCACUUUACCUAUUUGCUACCGACAAAGGUAUCAAAGCCAAAGUAUUCGACAAUACUCAGAGUGGUGCCGCAGUCGCAAAUGAAUGUGUGAUACACCCCGCUGUGGAAGGUCUUCCGUUUGGUGGGAUAGGACCUAGCGGAUCUGGCUGCCACACCGGGAAAUUCACAUUUGAUACAUUUACUCACCUGCGCGCCUCAAUGGAUUCUCCAAGCUGGGUUGACAUGAUGCUCUCCGCCCGGUACCCACCCUAUACUGUAAGUGAUUCAUCAGCCCUGUGA